AUGCCCUUCUUAGAUGUUUAUGGAGACGGGAAAAAUGUUAUUCCAACCAUUCACAUAAAGGACCUUUCAAUGAUUGCUCAGGCCGUAUUUGAAGAGCAACCGGAUUCAUAUUACAUUGUAGCAAGGGAUCGUAGUGAAUCAACCCUAGCUGGAAUUUUAACGGCAAUUUCAGGCGUCUUCAGUAGCGGUGACAUUAGACGAAUGUCAGAUGACGAGGUCGCUAGAAUUCGUGGUAUUCCAAUAAAAGAAAGGCUUGCAUUUUCUUUCAAGAAAUAUCAGAUCGACCAGUUAACAAUGGAUCUGGUGAUCAGUAAUGUGACACUACAGGAGGCGCUAACAAUUCCCUGGAAGUGUGAAAACGGAAUGAUUGAAAACAUCGCAACUCUUGCUCGGGAAUACGUCGAAGCUAAGGAAUUCAAACCUCUUCGAAUCUGCGUUCUUGGACCUCCUUUUGUGGGCAAGACAACGCACGCAAUGGAGCUGGCUCGUUAUUACGGUCUUCACUACAUCCAUGUCAUGCCGGUGCUCUACGAAGCAUACCUCCGCUUGAGGAAGCCAAUAAAGGCCCUUGAAGAGAUUGAAAAGGCUAAGAAGCUGGCGAAGAAAGAGAAGAAAAAAGCUGACGCAGGAGCUCCGGCAAAAGCGUCCCCACCACUGCCACCACCACCUCCUCCACCACCGCCACGCCCACCUCCGCCACCACAACCACCACUUCUGGCUACAACUACCUCCCAAGACGUGGCCGAUGAACACCUGAGUACAAUGACUUUCCCCAUGAGCGAUCUCAUGCCGUCUGAUCACGUGGAUGCUGCAUUCUCCCAAGCUCUUCCCCCUCCGACCCCACUAACCGUGUUCUCUGAGCUGCCGGAUGAUGAUAACGCUCGCCCUCCCUCGGAAGUGUCACUUAUCGACUCCUUGCCAGAAGAGGUUCAGCAACGGUACCCCUUCUAUCCCCCGGUACGGUGGAAGGACGAGGAUGAACUGGUCAAAAUGGCGAAUGAAGCUAAAACUGAACUGAUCGAUUUUAUAAAUGGGCUACUUGAUGACUUUCAUGUAGAGGACCAUAUCAUUACAAAAUAUCUCCGACAAAAACUGCUAUCUAAACCCUGUUGUAACCAGGGCUUUGUUCUAGACGGUUAUCCCAACUCGUUUGAGCAAGCGGAAAUGUUAUUUAGAAGAAGUGAUAAUGCAGUCACAUUGAACUUGUUUACAGGCCGAGUCGGAUCUGGAGGGGACGCGCGGCACCCAACAUUUGAUCCGCUUUUGUUUCCUCAUCAUGUGGUGUACCUGGAGGCCAGUAACGCCCUUGUGACUCAUCGUUUCAAGAAAAUGAUGGCAGACGAGGGAAUCGAGCUUGACGAGUUGCCCGACUACGACGACGUCGACGGCUUGACGAUGGACGUUGAAGAGGAGUUGAGAACACGAGUCUUAAAACAACAGAAGGGAAAAAAUGAGGACAAUAAAGGUGACAAGAAACGACAAUACAAGAAGGGAGAUGAACUCAAAAUAAAGUGGAUAAAGCCGGCAGAAUCAUCUGAACGAAGGCUUAGGCGUCGCUUGGAAAAACACCGAGCUUUGAUGGCCCCACGAGCUGCUUCGGCUAUUGUUGAGAAGACUUUUGAGCCCUACAGUCCUCUUCUUGCCAAACAAGAAGCGAAGUCCAGGCGACCCAGGUCCGCGGCGUCGCUGCAGGUGCCGCGACCGUGGCCGCGAAAAGAGCUGCCCCCGGCACAGUUAGAUCCACUCGAAAAAAAUGUCCUCACCUACUUCGAUCUUCGUGAACUUCAUCCCUUCGUGGUGAACAUGGAUAGGGACAAGAGCCAACCUCUGUAUCCAGGUGGGCCCCAAAAAUUUACCUUCAAGAGCAUUCUGAAAAGGAUCUCCAAGUCGGCAACCGGGGAAUUCGUGCGUACCGCUCGAGCCCUGCUGGACGAGAGGGACACGGACGAGCGGAACGUCCAAGCAAUGAAAAAGCAGUGGGCCGACUUAGAAGACUACAACGACGAACUUCGUGCUGAAGCCGCUGAAGUGCUUUCCAAAAGAGAACAGGCCAUUUGGCAUGACUGGCUGAUGUUGUUAAGGAAGGAAAAUGAACAGCUUCACACAGUCAAAUCUAUGCCUCGUAGAAACUACCUACUUAGAUACGUACUCCCAGUGGUAACCGAGUGCCUGGUUCUCUACGGACAAAGCAGACCAACUGAUCCAGUCGAAUUUUUGGUAAUAUUUUUUUCAUAG